AUUUUUUUUUUUUUUUUUUUUUUUUUUUUACUACCUUGUACUUUUCAUCCAGCAGGACCUCAAGGCAUUUGGCAUGUGUUAUCUAGCUGUUCAUUGUAGUUUUAUAGGAGAGGUAGGUAGAGAGCAUUACCAUCCCGUUUUACAGAUGUUAAAACGGAGGCAAAGAACCAAAUCCAGAUUCUCUACUAAUCUUAAAGGAAUGUGGACCAAGAAACUUAACCCUGAGUUUCCUGGAAUUCCUAGUCCAUAAGGCCACACAGAAGUAUAAUGGAAUGUUGGAACAUCUUCCCUGAGAUCGUAUAGAUCAAUUAAAAAGUCAAAGAGGCGGGGACAGGCAUCAGCAGCUCCUUGUGAGAGACUCAGCUCUGUCACGAAGUUCAGUGAUACUGGACAAGUCACAGCUGCUCCCUGCGUGUUUCCUGUUGUUUAAAAUGAGGGGAACAAAGGUGCUGUAUUCUUUGCAAAGUUGUGUGAGUGUGUCUGGAAGUUCCACUCACUCCCUUGAGCUGCAUUUGGUGAUUGUUAGUUGUUGUGGACUCAUAAAGGUUCCCAUUCUUGGGCUCCCUUUAGAAAUGCAGGGAACGAGGUGCCCCCAGAAUAAAUAAGUGCCUCUUUUUCACUAGGGACACCUGAGAACUCAUGUCAGGGACAGGCUGAGGCAGGGACCCCGACCUGGGUGGGAGGAGAGGGUUGCCGGCUGGAGGUAGGAAGGCACUCUGCACAGGCGGCUUGACACAUGGGCCCUAUUCCUGCCUCCAGCUCUGACUCAUCUUCUGACGCUUGGGGGAGGAGAGGUAGUUGCUUGAUAUUUUUGGCUUUCCCCCAUAAAACAGGAGACAGUUUCCUUCAUUCCAAGUCUUUUUAACGUCAGCGUCAAACGUGUCUAUGCUGAGUUCUCAUCUGAAACCUUUCAUAUUGGUUGAAUGCAGAUCUGAUUUGUAUCCACUGUGAUCAACACUCUGAAUUAGGACUUUCCAGAUCCUGACCCAGGACUGCAGAGUAACCAGAUUCCUCACAAGAAGGACACUGAUUUUGGAUUCCUUGGUGGAGGAACACAAAACCCUCUGGUCUUGCUGCCAACGAUGCAAGUGUGAUUGCUGGCAUCUUCAUGGGCUCCAGAGGUCACAGCACGCUCCCACGGACUCUCAUGGCCCCUCGGAUGAUUUCUGAGGGAGACAUAGGAGGCAUCGCUCAAAUUACCUCCUCUCUCUUCCUGGGCAGAGGCAGUGUGGCCUCCAACCGGCACCUCCUCCAAGCUCGUGGCAUCACCUGCAUCGUUAAUGCUACCAUUGAGAUCCCCAAUUUCAACUGGCCCCAAUUUGAAUAUGUUAAAGUGCCUCUGGCUGACAUGCCCCAUGCCCCCAUUGGACUGUACUUUGACACUGUGGCCGACAAGAUCCACAGUGUGAGCAGGAAGCAUGGGGCCACGUUGGUGCACUGUGCCGCGGGGGUGAGCCGCUCGGCCACUCUCUGCAUCGCUUACCUGAUGAAAUUCCACAGUGUGUGCCUGCUGGAGGCGUACAACUGGGUGAAAGCCCGUAGGCCUGUCAUCAGGCCCAACGUAGGUUUCUGGAGGCAGUUGAUAGACUACGAGCGCCAGCUCUUUGGGAAGUCGACAGUUAAAAUGGUACAGACACCUUAUGGCAUAGUUCCAGACGUUUAUGAGAAAGAGUCCCGACACCUGAUGCCUUACUGGGGGAUAUAAUGCCACCAAAGCCUGCAUCAGCAGCCCCUUGAGCAGUACCAGCAUCUGCUACACACCGUCUGUUCCCCUCUUCACCUUUCUUUUCAAAUGGUUGACUCCUGGCUCUCCCUGAAGUGUUUUUUACACUGGGUGUUCAGGUUUAUUUUAAAGGAUGGGGGGUGGGGGGGAGGAACAUAAGGGGAAUGCAUACAUUGCUAGUAACAUUUUUAAAACUAACAUUUUGGAAUAGUGUUUAUGAAAAUCUUUAACUGGCUUUUAAUCAUUUUUAACAAUUUGAACAGUUUAAUAAACUGUUUGGUUCUGCUAUAUUCUGAAUCCCAUGCCUUUAGGCAUCAUGGCAGGUGCCAGAGGAACUCAGUGCAAAAAUCACUUUGGGUCCUGAUUAACCCUUUAGAGACAAGCUUUGCCCAAGGCUGCUGACCACACAAAUGCUUAGGGAAGAUUGAUACCAGCUUCAGUCUCUACUGGAUUAGCCCUACUCUUUCCUUUCCUAUUUAGUGACUCUGUAAGUUAAAAAACAAAAACAAAAAAAAAAAACCUUUGUUAUCUAGUUGUUAAGUAAUUAUAAUGAAAUCUGCAAACACCCUCUUGGAAUCAUUGUGCCCCAGGACUACAUUAGCAUUAUUUUUAAUAAAUAUAUCUGCAUAACCUAUUAGAAUUUUUACUAAGAACUCCAGGGUGUGUGUAUGUGUGCGUUGAUGCUGGAAGAAAGAUGCUCUCCAGUAACUGCAUUAAAAUCCGGUUCCGGUGACAACUAUGCCACUUAAAAUAGACCUCUCGGCUGAACUGUGUCAACGUUUCACAUCCUUGCAGAUGGGCAGACGUUAAUAUCAGUCACAGUGCUAAAGCUGUGGAAAACAGCACAGAGUGUCCACUCUGAUAAAAGAUACAGUUUUCGGAUGUCUUUGGCAACUGGAGUGCACCAAAGCAGUGAGUCCUCCAUCAAAGAAAUUGUUUUUUAACAAAAGCUAUGCCUUUGCUCCACACAAAAUGUCCUAAACCAAACCUCCAUAGAAGUGACCAUCAAACAACAAGGACUUCUUUUGUUGAAACUUGGAACCAUGUCAUCCGGUUCACUGCUCCUAAUAAAUAUGACCGCAUAACUCAUCAGGGACUUGGGAGGAGUGUAAUUAGUUCUUCCCUAUUCCACACUCCUCACAAACUAUUGGGAACCAUCAGAUUGCCCCUGCUCAGUCACAGUGCUGCUUUAUCUUUCUUCAUUUGCCACGUAGGUUGUAGCUUGCUUCUCUGUGGAAUAAUUUUCUAGGCUUUUGGCCCGUCUUGACAAGCCAUAAAUAUGCCGGUGGUUACAUAUUUAUAUAAAUUAUAUUUUCUAGAUUUUUAUCUGGUCCGUGGCAGUGGUUUCAUCCAAAUUCUACCUUGUUUCUUCCCAGUCAUUCACUUUUAUAAACAUGUACUACAGUCUAAAUAGGAAAAUUAAAAUGAGGUUAAUAGUUUGUGUGGGAAAUCAGAGGAACCCAUAAAUGAAUGCUGCAUCAAUUAGCACAUGAUCGAAAAGCAGUCAAAAGAACAACAAAGCAAUUCGUGGCUGUGGAGGCUAUGGCUUCUCUAGUAUGAAGGCAAACUGUAAGUCCUGUAGUCUUUGGAUAAAAGUCCAAAAAUAACCACUGUACUACAGUAAGACAACACUGGGUGACAGAUGUUCUUGGUAGGAAAAUUUCCGGCAGAAAUCCCGGCCAACACCACUACUGGGAUGUAACUAAGCAUUCUUAGUACUUAAGAAGCCUAACACCUUUCUAAUCUAAAUGUCAGAGUUUAUUAGCUGGUCACAAAAGGAAGGUGUGUGACCUAGAAGGUGUUUGUUAGGGGAAUUUCUGUGGUGAUCCCCAGUGCAGGGCAAGCAUUUCAAGUUUCUAUAAUGUAGAGGCCCUAUAAUCUUACCAAAGCUUAGGAUCACACAAGUCAUCAAAAGGCAAGUAGAAGGCAUCUUUAAACAAGACAUAGGUACAUGCAUACAAAAUAUUCAAGUAAUUUAGAAUAUGCAACCUAUUUAGAGUGUUAACUAGUAGUCACAGGACAAAUAAGGCACGGAUAAUAACAUACCCUGUGCCGCCUCUACAUUGAGCACGUCCAG